UAAGUGCCUUUUCCGAACCCCCUUCAGCCUUUAAGUCCACUCUCUUAAAACUCCAGCCUGCUCUUCGGUGGAAUAUUUCAGCUGUGAAGAUAUUUUUAGAGAAAUUUGUACUGAGAAUUUUGGAAAAUUUGGAAUUUUAGGAGGAAAAUUUUAUAUGAAAUGGGUGUAGAGAAGGGGAAUUUUGGGGGUCAAGGGGUCCAGAAAGGGGUCAGAUGUUAGAGAUUGCCUGGGGUAUAGGAAGUUAAUGGUGAACGAAAAUUGGAUUGCUUAGGAUAGUAAAAUUAAGAAUGGGGUGUAUUGAUACUGGAUAUUUUUAAUCAGAGUUAAUUACUAUAUCGUCUAAAUACAAAUCUAUACUUCUAAAAUUCAUAUCAAUUUAUCAAUUAAGCAAACAUGCUUGAUUAAUAUUAGGUGAUCCAUUGAGCAGCAACUUUGUGAAGCAAUUUUCUUGAUGAGAACGAGAAAGUAGAGUUAAGAGAAUUCGUUGGAGAAAUGAGUGAAGUCAGAAAAGACCACGAAACUAUCUUUGAAGCAAUUACACGAGUCCUUAAAUAAGGACUUUUUGACUAAAGAAGAGUUCCAUAACUUCUCAACCCAGUUUAACGGAGAUGAUGGUUCGCUCGGCUCUUUUGGAACAACGAAGGAUAUCAAUAGGUUGCAUGAAAAUGUAUCUAGCUGAGUUAAACAACUCAAUAAUGCUUUGAUAAAAGUCGAAAAUAUCGAACGAGCUAACGGAGAAAUUCUGUGGGAAUUCAACUCAGUGAAAGACCUCAUAUCCCAAAAGGCCACAAUAGAGCAGCUAAUACUAAUGGAGGCUAAAUUUAAAGAAUAUGCUGAAUUACAAGACCUCCAUGAACUAAAGAUGAAUCUGAAGGACUAUGUUCCUUUGAGCAAAUAUACAAUGAUGGAAGUUAAAGUUGACAGAAUAGCUAAAUCCUACGCUCACUUAGCAGAUGCAGCUUCAGUGAAAUAAAGAAAUGGAAGAUAUCACCAUGGACUUCGAAGGAAGACUUCUCAGACGAGCCAAAAAGGAAGACCUCGAACAAAUUGAGAAGAAAUUUGACAAAAGGAUCGGAAACAUAGUUACUGAACAUUCUUUAUUCAUUACUAAGAUGAACAAGGUAUAUAAAACUCUACAAACUGUUGAGGAUAAUCAUAAGAAAUUUGUAAAUCAAUUCGAUUUCAAAUAAGGAGUGCAACCAAAUAUGGAAAAACUUCGAAAAAUAUUGUGCUUACAAGCACCUAGAAAAUCUAAGUAAUGAAAUUCUCCCAAAAAUCAAAGGGUUUGAAAAGACUAUUGACAAAUACAAUGAAGUUAACGACAAUACUCAAAAGAUUGUUUCUAGGUUUGAUGAAAUAAUUUUACAAAAAGCAGCCAAACAUUCACUCGAAUCUUUAAGAGCCGAUCUUGAUAAAAGACUUGAAAGCACAAUGGUAAGGUUUAAAGAAGAUGCUUUCGAUCUGCGUAAUAAAAUUGAUGCAAAUUAUAUUGAAAUGAAAUCUCUUAAGUCUGAGCUGACACAAUAUUUUAAUGGUCUAAUCCCUCAAACUGAGAAAUCAGUCAAGAACAAAAUUAUCAAUUCCUUCGGAGGAUCUCCAUGAUCUGUAGAGGAGAUACAGAAACUUCUGAAACUCAAGGUUGACAAAGCAGAAUUCAAACAGUGGAACAACCUCCGUGUUGGAAAAGAGCAUCUCAAUGGUAUAAAUGGACAGAUUGAAGUCAUCAAUAGCAAAAUGGAGAACCUCACUAUAAUUAUGAUGGAAGGAAUCCGUGUCAUGAGCAAUAUCAAAGAGGUUAGCGGCUUAACUAAAUAAGCUCAAUGAGCAUGUUAAAAUCAUUCAAAAAUGGAACAAACGCAAAGAUAUUCACUCGAUCAACAGCGAUGAUAGAGAAAACUCUGAUGAAGCAAAAGUUUGAGAGAGGUUGACAAAGAAUAGUACUGGCAUCAACAGGCCUAAAACUAAGAAUGGAUGAAAACCUCUUGCUCUGCUCAGUCGAAUCAAUUUCUCACCACCAGUGAUGAGAUUAAACACAUCUGGCAGAAGUAUUGGGAGAACUCAAAGAAUAAAGAGACAUAGAAAGAUAAAAAGAGAAGCUAGUGAUCUCACAAAAGAAGAUGUAUUCAGUAUGGGAUCUCUUUCACCAUCAAAUUUGAAAUCUACAGUAUCCAUACAUGAUUGGAACAUUAUUAAUGAUAUGAAUCAAUCUGGGCUGUAUUCUCCGAAUCAUACUAUUGAUUUAAGAAGUAGGGAUACCUCUGUCAAAAAGACAAUCAAGACAAAAUUACCGAUCAAAGAAAAAGCUAGAGAAUAUACGGGAAAUAAUGCCUUUCAAGUGUUUGAAGGAAAAUAUGCUAGGGCCAAGAAAACCGAAAGAAUAAAUCUCAGGACUGGAGCUGUAGAUGUGCCCUAUAUCUCUCCUCGUUUGAUCCUUGAAACAGCUAAGUACAAAGAUGUUCAGAAUGUAUCUCACAAAGAUAGUAUCCAACAUACCCUAACUGAAGAGAAAAGUAGGUCAGAAGAUCAUCCGGAUUUGGAGAAGAAGGAUGUGAUCUUUAACAUUGUUUCUGACAAGAUUCCUCAUCUUAAUAUUGAUAAAUAAAAUCCCAAUAUUAUUA